CAGCGCAUUCAUUCAGUGAGCGGGUUUUGGAAAGCGCUCGAGCUCACUCAUCACCCAGCCUUAACCUUCUCCACUCUCUCCAACACACACACACACACACACACACACACACAUAUUUUUACUAUAGAAAUCAUUUCUUCCAGAAAGCAUUUUCUGCAUCGUGGAGGAAUAAACCACUCGGAUAUAUACACACAAACACACACACACAUAUAUAUAUCCACAAAGCCGAAAAGGAGGAGAGAAGCAGAAAAAAGAGAGGCAGAAACAGAGAGAGAGAGAGAGAGAUGGCAACGACAACCUGUACACGCUUUACCGACGAAUACCAGCUUUAUGAAGAACUCGGAAAGGGAGCUUUUUCAGUCGUGCGACGUUGUGUCAAGCUGUGCACAGGCCAAGAAUAUGCUGCCAAAAUAAUCAACACCAAAAAGCUCUCAGCCAGGGAUCACCAGAAGCUUGAACGUGAAGCUCGCAUUUGUCGUCUUCUCAAGCACCCCAACAUCGUCCGACUCCACGAUAGUAUAUCAGAAGAAGGCUUCCACUACCUCCUGUUUGACUUGGUCACCGGUGGUGAGUUGUUUGAAGACAUCGUAGCACGAGAAUAUUACAGUGAAGCUGAUGCCAGUCACUGUAUCCAUCAGAUUCUAGACAGUGUCAAUCACAUUCACCAACAUGACAUAGUGCACAGGGACCUGAAGCCGGAGAACCUGCUCCUGGCCAGCAAAUGCAAGAACGCAGCGGUGAAGUUGGCUGAUUUUGGUUUGGCCAUUGAAGUGCAAGGGGAACAGCAGGCCUGGUUUGGAUUUGCAGGUACACCAGGUUACCUGUCUCCCGAGGUGCUAAGGAAAGAGGCUUAUGGAAAACCUGUGGACAUUUGGGCUUGUGGUGUUAUCUUGUACAUUCUGCUCGUGGGCUACCCUCCUUUCUGGGAUGAGGACCAGCACAAACUUUACCAGCAGAUCAAAGCCGGAGCUUACGAUUUUCCUUCUCCAGAGUGGGACACAGUUACCCCUGAAGCCAAGAAUCUUAUUAACCAGAUGCUCACCAUCAACCCGGCCAAGAGGAUCACUGCACAGGAAGCUCUUAAACACCCAUGGGUCUGCCAACGCUCGACUGUGGCCUCCAUGAUGCACAGACAGGAGACAGUAGAGUGCCUAAAGAAGUUCAACGCCAGGAGAAAACUCAAGGGAGCCAUUCUCACCACCAUGCUGGUUUCACGCAACUUUUCUGUGGGCCGGCAGACCACAGCGCCGGCCGCAGUCUCAGCGGUGGCUGCCGCCGCUGCAGCCGGCACCGCCGCCGGCCUGGUGGAACAAGCAGCUAAGAGCCUGCUCAACAAGAAGGCUGAUGUCAAGCCACAGUCAAACAGCACGAAAAACAGCAUAGUCACCAGUCCCAAAGGGAACAUCCCCUCUCCUGCUCUGGAGCCUCAGACCACUGUUAUCCAUAACCCAGUGGAUGGGAUCAAGGAGUCAACGGACAGCAGCAACACCACAAUCGAGGACGAGGAUGUUAAAGCACGCAAACAGGAGAUCAUAAAAAUCACAGAGCAGCUAAUUGAGGCUGUGAACAAUGGGGACUUCGAGGCCUACGCGAAGAUCUGUGACCCUGGACUGACUUCCUUCGAACCUGAAGCCUUGGGUAAUCUGGUAGAAGGCAUGGACUUUCAUCGAUUUUACUUUGAGAACUUGCUGUCUAAGAACAGUAAGCCCAUCCACACCACAAUCCUGAACCCCCAUGUGCACCUGAUCGGCGAGGACGCUGCCUGCAUCGCCUACAUCCGCCUUACUCAGUUUGUGGAUGGCCAGGGCCGGCCGCGUAGCAGCCAGUCAGAGGAGACCCGUGUCUGGCAUCGCCGUGACUCAAAAUGGCAGAACGUGCACUUCCACUGCUCGGGAGCUCCUGCCGCCCCACUCCAGUGAAGAGUGGGAUGGCAGUGGGACGUGUUUCGACACUUGGUGAGAAGAACGAGAGGGAGGAUCAGCGGGGACGGCAGGAAGAGUCCAUCAUUGGAGAGCUCUGAAGUUUUCAGCUUUCCAGUUCUGGUCACAGCUGUCCACACCUGCAUGCAAAACCUAUACCUGUGUCUCUACCUAAUGGAAUGCACUAAAACAAUUAUAUCCUAUUACACUUCCCUGCCACUCUAAACCUUUGCAAUACACAACACAACAUUGGCACCAAUGCACACACACACAUACACACACACACACACACACACACACACACAUACACACACAUACAAACCCCAUACAUACAUCUUCAUUGAAAGCAAGCACAGACUCCAGGUUCAGUGAUAUAGCCUGUGCAAUGCCUUUGACCUGCAUAAUCCCCUCCUCCCUGCCUCACUCUCAUCUCCAUUGGCCUUAUAACCCUUGUGCCCAGGCACUCCUCACUAUAAUAGUUCAUGUGUUAAUGAAGUACUAUAAUCAGCAUUGUUAUGAUUGUUGUAACAGCUACUACUUUUUAUUAUUACUACUUCUAUCAUUUCAAGUAUUGGUGUUGUUUUAUUGUUUAUUUAGUAAAAAAAAAUAUAGUGUAUAAAUAGUCAAAUUAUCGAUUUCAAUUGGUUGGAAGAGUUCUCCUGGAAGCAAGAAUAAUUUUUUCUUUAUCUAGUGGGGGUUUUAUAUGUCUACGUGAGUCAAACUGUGUUUACUCCGGCAGCACGAUGCAGGGUAUAAAUGAGCGUCUACUAAUUACCGUAUACACAUCAAGAGAGGACACCUUUCAGACUAUGGUUAACGUCUCUGUCUUAUGUUUCUACAGCUUGGUAACGAUUGUCUGUAGUCACAGUGUGCAUCUUAAGGGAUAUUUGGGAUUUUUAUUUGUAUUUAUUUGAGGGGGAGGUGGGGGGUACACACUUGUGGGAAAAGUCAUUUUGUCCCCUUUUUUAAAGCCACUUAUAAGAAACUAAGUUUGUGAUUCAUGAUUUCAGUUCACUGUUAGAGAUAUGAUGGGAUUUGACAUGAUUGGAAAAGUGUGUGCAAUGUUUCCUGCCUAUAGUGUAUGGGACAAUCAAAAAAGCAGAUGUUAUUAAGAGUUAAGGCACAUUAUGAAUUGAGAUCAUCUUAAUGGUUAGGAUAUGAAACAUGAGAUAUUUAUCUAAAACUAAGUUUGUUUUAUCUGUCUGUAUACAGAGUAUUUACACGUUUCUGCAUUUCAAAAAAAUAUAUUUAUUUGAAUGCAAGAGGUGUUUUUUUUCUUCAUUAGUCUUUUGAAAAUUAUGUAAUGAGGCUGUAUUUCAUAAGUUUCCCCAUUGAUAUGAGGAUGAACAGUCUUCUUUUGACAUUUUGAAUGUGUUUAAUAUAAAUUAAUGGGAAGCUAAUGUCCGUUUCCUAUAAAUACAUGAGCUAUGGUAUGCAGAGGAGAAAUCACCAAUAGUUUUCCCCUAGAUUAUGAAAAGAAUGGGAAAAAGCCACAGGAUUACACGUGAAAAGUGUGUGUGUGUCUGUGUGUGUGUGUGUGUGUGUGUGUGUGUGAGAGAGUGUGAGAGUGUGACUGAUUUUUAUAAUGCUGUUGUUAAGGUAUCUCUGUUUGAGGAGCACCUCAUUCUCAACCUGUCAAGGAAAUUCACUGGAAGACUGCAGAUUUUUUGUAUUUAUUUUUCAUUUAUUUCUCAUUCAUUCAUUCACAUUUUAUUCUGAAAUGUGAAUACGGUUUUGUAGUAUGUUGUUUUUUCGAAGCCCCACAUAUCACUCCACGGACGACCUCUUUGUAAGCGGUGAACGGUUGUGAGACAGCUUGCAGCAGCAUGUCAGCAUCCUGUAGUGUUGUAGUGGUUCUUUCUUUCUUCUGUGUGUUUAGUAUUGCGAGGAAUCCUUGAGAUCUAUAACAAGAGUUCCAGGUUUUUUUUUUAGCAAAAUAGAUAUUUUGUAUAAUCGCUAUGUAGUGCUAACAUAAUAUAAGUGGCAAUUAAAUUGCAUGACCUUUGGCAUCUUUUUUUCUUUUUUUUUCUUUUUUUUUUUUGGUGAUUUGAUUUUUCAUUCGAUUAUUGCUUUCUUUUCUACUGAAUGCUAGUGAAUUAUGCUAUCGCUACCAGUUCUCAGAGUUUUUUUGUAAGUGUGUAUGACUAUUUUAGGUCUCUAAAUAAUGAUUAUGAUCAGCUCUGGCUAUCACAGUAAACCAUGUCAUGAUAAUUGUAUGGCAUGCUUUUUGUACAGUGUUUUGGUGUUGUCUGAGCAGUGUUUGGAAAAUCAGAAUUGGAGUGUGCCAUGAGGUAGCUUUUGACACAAGCAUUUCAGAUAUGUUUUUAUUAAUAUUCAAACCUAGGGUCUAAAUAUUUACCAAUGGAAACAUACUGUUUCUUGUCUAAAACUGUUCUAAGCAUCUAUGCCAUUUUGCCUGCUAUAAUUUUAUUUGUCCACAAAAAAAAGGGUGCUGGCCAUUUGCAUGACUAAUGCAACAUAUUUCUAUAAUUAAUUAAUUAAAAGUAUAAUAAUGUAAAUGAUCAACAUUUAUCAUUAGCUAGAAUUGAACUUGUUAGCUACUUGAGUUAGUCUGAAUUUCCACUCUCAAAGAAGUCUAACUUAGUUACAUAUAUUUACAGCAUAUUGGCUAAAUAUAUCUUAGCAUGCUUUCAUCUCUUCUAGAGAGCCAUUUUUAUACUAGUCUUUGUUUAUUCUGGCAUUUUGAAACAUUUUACUGAGGUAGGCACAGGAGGGUUCAUCCUCCAUUUCAGCAAUGGAGUGUUAAGACACAAACCGAUAGCUAGAGCACAGAUGACAAUUUUUUUAUAUAUAUAUAUGGAUUUAUUGGACUGAACUGAUUGCUAAACUGAUUUUGGCAUAUAGUCAUAGACAUUUUGAAUGUAUGGGGCACCCAGAAUGCAUAAGUUUUAAAUAUGCCAAUAAUAAUAAUGAUAACACUUGAGUAUAGUAACAGUAAAGUAGGUCUCUCACCCGAUCACAUGCAAUGAAUAUUUAAGAAUUUCCCUAUUGGUGGCAGUAAAAAAAUAAAAAAUCAUUUGUCCUGUUUACCAAUACAUAUUACAACUGUUUGUAAGAAAUUUGCCAGCUAAGCAAAAAUAUUGCACAUGGAAUUUACUGAUCUUGCAAGUUCACCUCUUGCCUUUUAACAGCAACCAAUUUAGAUAAGACAGCAUUAAGAAAUAUGUCUGAAUGAUGUAACCUCAUGGCCUAAAACUGGGAUUGUGUGUGUGUGUGUGCGUGUUGAGGAGAGUGAAUAAAUCGGAAUUGAAUCAGUUGUGUUUCACAUACAGCUGCUCUUACAACAUCAAGCCAAUAACUAUUUGUAGUGUUCUAAUAAAAUAUCCCUCUUUUGUUCAUAGUCGGUUUUUUGGUUUGUUUGGUUUUUUUUUGCCUUUUUUGAAAUUUAUUCAGCACUGAACCUUCACAAUGUAUCAGGAUUCAUUUUUGAAGGGUUUGUAUACAAUCUCUUUAACGUACAUUGAGAUUAUGUGAAACUCAUAUAAUGAUGAUGAUUAUUAUUAUUAGAAAAUUAGUUUACUAUGAGUCCCAUGUUUCUCUUUAUUCUUCCAGUGUUUUCUUUUUCUCGCUUUCUCCUGUAUAAACUUAAAGGAAAUGUAUUAAGAUGUUAUCAAUAUGUUACCAAUAAAAACAAUUAUAUUGUCA